CACCUCACAGGACACUCCCAGAAACUUUGCAUAAAGAACAGACAUCAGUGCUGACUCGUUAUACCAGCGGCACAGUUCAUCAGAGGAACUUCUUGGUCUCAUUGCAAAGAGUGAAGAUGGUUGAUUAUGAGGUGACCCUGUUCACUGGCGAUCUGGCCUUUGCCUCUACGUUUGAUGAUAUCUACAUUAAGCUGGUCGGCUCAGGCGAGAGCCAGCGAACACUUCUCCCCCGGAGCUGGAUACCAUCUUUGUUUAAAGGAGGAGUGUCAAAGUGUACCAUAUCCUGCCCAAAAUCCCUUGGAAAGCUGGUGCUGAUUGAGUUACAGAAAGAGACGACGUUCUUUAAUGACUCUUGGUAUCCUGCUAAGGUGGACGUGAAAUCCCCUGAAGGAGACACCUACCACUUCCCCAUCUACCACUGGAUCACUGACAGCGAGCUGCACUACUUCAGAGAGGGGGCAGCUCUCCUGGUCUUUGAAGACAAAUGCUCUGUUGAUGGUUACAGUCGGGAGCAGGAGAUUAAGCAGCAACAGGAAGUUUACUGCUGGGGUGUGUAUGAAGAGGGAAUUCCUCACUGCAUCAAGGCAGACAGUUUGCAGUCUCUGCCCGAUGACAUCCGCUUCUCUCUGAGUAAAACUGCAGAGUUGGCCUACACUGCAGCCACAGGAUUGAUAGAACUGGAACUGAUAGGAAUUUCUGAAUGUACGGAAAAUUUUACGUGUGUGGAGAAUAUUGAUCGCCUGCUAUGCGUCCAUCAGUCUAAAACAUCAGAGUACGUCAGACAACACUGGAAGGAAGAUGAUUUCUUUGGCUACCAGUAUCUAAAUGGUACCAACCCCAUCCUGAUCCGACGCUGUGAAGCACUGCCGGACAAGUUUCCUGUCACCAAUAAAAUGGUUUUCCCUGAUGGCAAACACAGACUGGCAGAUGAAAUGAAGAAGGGAAACAUCUUCCUCUGUGACUACAAGCUUUUGGAUGGAGUGCAGGCAAACACCAUCAAUGGGAAGAAGCAGUACCUGACGGCUCCUCUUGUUCUGCUCUGGAAAACUGGUGAUAAGAUGAAGCCAGUUGCUAUUCAGCUGAAGCAGAAACCAGCAAAAGACAACCCGGUUUUUCUUCCUACUGAUUCUGAGUACGACUGGUUGAUGGCCAAGAUCUAUGUGAGAAGUGCAGAUUUCAACCUGUUUGAACUCAAUACUCACCUGCUGCGCACUCACCUGCUGGCUGAGGUUUUUGCAAUGUCAGUGCUGCGUAACCUGCCCAUGGUGCAUCCUCUGUACAAGCUUCUCAUACCUCACACUCACUACACUCUGAACAUCAACUUCUUAGCUCGGACACGUCUAAUAUCAAGGACUGGAGUUUUCACUAAGUUCACAGCUUCUGGUGGAGAGGGUGUUUUCACAAUCCUGAAGAAGUCCCUGUCCUCACUGACCUACAGCUCCCUCUGUAUCCCAGAGGACAUCACAGAGCGUGGGCUGAAAGAUGUACCAAACUUCUAUUACAGAGAUGAUGGACUGAAGCUCUGGGAGAUCAUCCACAGAUUUGUGAGGGGAAUACUCAGCUUCUACUACAAGACUGAUGCUGAGGUCCAGCGAGACUCUGAACUGCAGAGCUGGAUUCAGGACAUCUUUAAAUAUGGAUUCCUUUCAAAAGAAAGUACAGGAAUUCCUCAGAAAUUCAGCACUGUGGAUGAGAUGGUCAAGUUUGUCACUGUGGUGAUCUUUAUUUCCUCUGCUCAACACUCAGCUGUCAACUCUGGACAGUAUGACUUUGGUGCCUGGAUGCCCAACAGUCCAACCACCAUGCAGCUUCCUCCACCAACCAAGAAGGGGACGGCAAACGAGAAAACCAUGUUGGAAUCAUUCCCCAGUGUUGACAUAACAGUUAAUGGCAUGGCCGUCAUGUGGUUACUCAGCAAGCAGUCCUCUGACCAUGUUCUUAUUGGCCAAUACCCAGAGGAGCAUUUCAGUGAGGAGGAGCCUCUUCAGAAGAUAAGAGCAUUUCAAGAAGAGCUCCAAAAGCUGAGUGCAGAGAUCAAGGCCAGAAAUGAGAAGGUUCCACUGCCAUACACAUACAUGGAUCCAGAUGUGGUUGAAAACAGUGUGUCCCUUUAAAAAAAAAAAAAAAAACUGAAGGAAAGUGUGUGCUCUGAUUUA